AUGGGGAGGGCUCUCUCCUUGGGCAAUGUGUCCGGAGUGCAAGAGUUUAUCCUGCUGGGUCUGUCUGCCAGGCAAGGCGUGAGGGUGGUGGUGUUUGCCGUCUUCCUGACCCUCUACCUGCUGACCCUCCUGGAGAACGCCCUCAUCGUCUUCCUCGUCUGCAGCCACGCCGAGCUCCGCAAGCCCAUGUACUUCUUCCUGGGCAACCUGAGCUGCCUGGAGAUGUGCUACGUGUCCGUGACCAUGCCCAGCCUGCUCGCCGGGCUGUGGAUGGGACCCUACCACGUGCCCUUCACAGCCUGCCUGAUUCAGCUUUUUUUAUUCAUCUCCCUCAUCGGCACCAAGUGUACCCUCCUGGCCUCCAUGGCCUGUGAUCGCUACGUGGCCAUCUGCCGCCCACUGCACUACCCGAUGCUCAUGCGGCCCCAGGUCUGCCGGGGCUUGGCCGGGACUUCCUGGCUUGGUGGGCUGCUGGUCUCGGUGGUCAAGACAGCGUGCAUCGCCAGCCUGUCCUACUGCGGCCCCAACGUCCUCAACCACUUCUUCUGUGACGUCUCCCCGCUGCUCAACCUGUCCUGCACCCACGUGGCCCUGACUGAGCUGGUGGACUUCCUCUCCGCCAUCGGCAUCUUCUGCGGGACUCUGCUGGUUGCCCUGGCCUCCUACUCGGCCAUUGGGGUGACGGUGCUCCGCAUGCCUUCCGCCGCCGCCCGGCGCAAGGCCUUCUCCACCUGUGCCUCCCACCUGGUGGUGGUGGGCAUCUUCUACUCGGUGGUCCUCUUCAUGUAUUCCCGCCCCAGCCGCGUGGAGUCCACUGACCUGCACAAGGUGCUGUCGGUCGUCUACACGGUGGUCACGCCCGCCUGCAGCCCGGUGGUCUACUGCCUGCGAAACAAGGAGGUCCACGCGGCCCUGCGGAGAGCCCUCCACCCCCGCAAGGGCUCCUCCGCGAUCACGGACAUCUCCCGCUCCUGA